AUGCCCAGGAGAAACUUUUUUUUAAAUUCUCAAAGAACAGCUCAUACUCAUAUCUAUCGUUAUGUAGAAGAUUUUCAGCUGCGAACUUCUCAAGACUCUCUUCGUCAUGCUGCAAUAGCAUUACAGACAAAUGAACCAUAUAUGGGUGUAAAAGGCCCAUGUGCAUUCUCUUCAAUUAUGCCUGAUUUUAUUACAGGAUCUGCAAUUGAUAGAAUGCAUAACAUAGAUGGAGGAGUGGUAAAGGAACUUCUGUCACUGUGGUUUCAAUCGCAGUAUAGUGCUGAACGGUUUUCCUUGGUUCAAGUAAAAGAUGCGAUCAAUGAGCGUUUAAUUUCUAUAAAACCACCGAGAUUUGUUCACAAAAUGCCUCGGUCCGUUGAUGAACUUAUUUCACAUGGAAAAGCAUCUGAAUUCAAAGCCUGGUUAUUCUAUUAUUCUUUACCAAUUUUGAGUGGGAUAAUGGAUCCUGUGUUUUUUAGUCACUACUGUCUACUUGUGUUAGGAAUAACUUUAUUGAAUACAAACACUGUAACCAAUGAAAAUAUUGAUGUAGCUUCUAACCUUUUAUUUAAAUUCGUUCUUACAACAUCACACCUGCAAUCAUUAACGAUGCAAAAAUAUUUAGAAGAAUUGCCAGAAGGACCAAUACGAACUUUUUGUUCGACUAGAAAAUAUGGAGUGAAAAUAUGUGAGAAAUUAAGUAGUAGUUGUUAUAGCGUUGGUACCUACAAAAAUUUCCGGAAUAAUAUAUUACCAGACAUUGUACAACAAACAAUUAAUAAUUUCCUACCGAUAAAGACAAUUCAAUAUUAUUUGAGAUUAUUAAAAAAUAGUAAGCUGUAUAUUUCUCAGCAAUAUACACGUGCACUGCAAACUCAAUCUUCAACUGUCUUAUAUAAGCAUGAAGGAAACUAUAAUUUUGGAUCUGUAUAUUGUUUCCUAAAAAUUUUGAAAUGUCAAUGUGACGAUAGAUGCCAAUGUACAGAAACUCAUUAUGCUGUUAUCCAAGAAUUUUCAAGUGAAAGGAUCUUCAACGCUCUUGAUAAUGAUAACACAGCUUAUGAUAUUUUUCACUUGUACAAAUGUUCAAAACGAGAUAGUUUCAUUUUAAUACCAGUAGCUUCGUUGAUAACAGUAUGUAUAGAAAUGAUAAUUUCAGAUGAUACAUACGUUGGAAUACCAAUAAAUUCAAGAGAAAACGAAUAA